AUGACAAGCAGGAAGAGGAUUCGGAAUGAAUCGAUGUCGCCUCUGUCGCAGCCUACAGUAAGGAGACCCCGCACCGAUGCAGUCAACCUCACCGCCAACUCCCCCGCACAGGUCGAACAAACCCAGGUGGUCAUUGAACCAGCGCUGCGCGAAUACCUCGCGUCUGAACGCGAAGCAGCGCUGGCCAAUGGGAACGGCCAUCUGGCGGACCUGUGCCAGGCAGGAUCAUCGCUUGCGGUUAAUGAUCUUGCCUCCUAUCUAGACAAUUGGAUAAUAGAAGAUUUCCAAAAAGGGGGAAGGAAAUACAACCCAAAUGGUCACAGAGGUGGACCAAAAUCAAAUUACGGAGGUACUAGACCAGGAAGAGGUCCACGGGUAGAAUCAUACAAAAAGGCCCAGGAUCUCUACCUCCGUAACAGAUCAGCUCUAGUGGAUAAAAUCAUUUCAGGAACUCCACUAGACUCUACUGAAGAGGUACCACCUCUAAAAGCGGUUGAGGAGCUGUAUAGCGGGAUCUUCGAGCGGGCUGCGACGGAGACGAUGACGGUUCAUCCCGAACCACGAAACACCGAUGCCACCACUUUCGCUCCAUUCGAAGAAAGCGAACUAGAGGCAGCCAAAACAGCAUGGGCUAACUCAGCACCUGGUGCUGACGGAAUAACGGUGGCAUCGGUUAAAAAUACGAACAACAGGGUGCUAUGUGUUUUAUAUUCAAUAAUCCUUAUGAGAAACGUGCACCCUGCCAUCUUCCUGCGGUCUAGGACCACAAUUAUAUAUAAAGACGGCCAACGGAGCGAGGCGGCGAAUUGGAGGCCCCUUACUAUCGGGAGUGCCCUCCAGCGACUGAUGCACAGGGCGAUGGCUAACCGCUUGCGGAAGGUCGUCGCCCUGGAAGCCAAUCAACGCGGAUUUAGUACGCUGGACGGCACUCUCGCGAAUUGUAUGAUUUUACACUCACAUUCGAAAUAG